CUCCUCUUGUGCUUCAGUGCUUGCUCGUUCUCUCUCUCUCUCUCUCUCUGCACGGUCCCUCCCCCUGGAGCUCGGGACGGAGGCAAUGGCGGUGGCGGAGGAGGAGGAGGUGAUCAUCGUUGGUGCGGGGCAGUCGGGCAUCGCGGUGGCGGCGUGCCUGUCCCUCCGCGGCGUGCGGAGCCUGGUCCUGGAGCGCGACGACUGCGUGGGCUCCCUGUGGCGGAAGCGCACCUACGACCGCCUCCACCUCCACCUCGCCAAGCAGUACUCUGCGCUGCCGCACGCGCCGCACGCCGAGGAGGCCCCCACCUACCUCCCCCGCGACGAAUUCGCCCGCUACCUCGACGGCUACGCCGCGCGGUUCGCCGUCCGCACCCGCCUCCGCCGCGAGGUCCGGUCGGCGGGGUUCGACGCCGGGAAGGGGAGGUGGGAGGUGGAGGCCGUCGACCUCGCCACGGGGCGGCGCGAGCUGUACGCGGCGAGAUUCCUGGUGGUGGCGUCCGGGGAGAACGACGAGCGGUUCGUGCCCGAGGUGCCCGGGCUGGAGGCGUUCCCGGGCACGGUGGUGCACGCCGCCGAGUACCGGUCGGGCGAGGGGCUGCGCGGCAAGGCCGUGCUCGUCGUCGGGUGCGGCAACUCCGGCAUGGAGAUCGCCUACGACCUCGCCGCCGCCGGCGCCGUCACCUCCAUCUCCGUCCGCAGCGAGCUUCACCUGGUGACAAGGGAGAUCUGGAACGUGGCGAUGUCUCUGUACGGGUACCACGUCCCGGCGUGGAUCAUUGACAAGCUGGUGCUGCUCAUGUGCGCCGUCGUGUUCGGCGGCGACACCGCCCGGCACGGCCUCCGCCGCCCCGCCGUGGGGCCCUUCACCAUGAAGCUCACCACCCCGGCCUACCCCGUCAUCGACGUCGGCACCUACUCCAAGAUCCGGACCGGCGAGAUCCGGGUCCUCCCCGCCGGCGUCAAGAGCGUCCGCGGCAACGUCGUCGAGUUCGCCGACGGGAGGCGCCACCCCUUCGACGCCAUCGUCCUCGCCACCGGCUACCGGAGCACCGUCAGGCGCUGGCUCAGGAGCGACGACGGGCUGAUCGGCGACGACGGGAUGGCGGCGCGGCCCUACCCGGAGCACUGGAAGGGGGGGAACGGGUUGUACUGCGCUGGCUUGGUGCGGAGGGGCAUCUACGGCAGCUACUCGGACGCGGAGCUCAUCGCCGGCGACAUCAGCGAGCUUCUGCGCCCCCAGCAGACCCACAGCAACGGCUCCAACAAGUAGCUCAUCGAGCAUUCGCGUCCGUCGGAUGCGUGGGCAACGGCUGCCGUCCCCUUGCCGGCCGGCUCGCCGACGGUCAUAUAUAUAUUUAUAUAUACUGCUAUAGUAGCUUGCAUUGUGAGCUGCGGAUGCUGCUCAUUAUUGAAAAGGAGGACAUAAUAAAAGGCUCAUUAUUGAAAAGGAGGACAUAAAAGGCAACACGACGCUGUCGAGGUUUGUUGCAUUUGGUAAUUGUUAUAUAUGUAUAUGUUAAUAGUGCCACCGUACCCA